AUGGCCGCCAUCGUGACGGGCCCGAGCUCGACCGCCGACCGGACCCCCUCCGCCAGGCGAGCGUGGACACCCGCCCCCGCCAGCCCGAUCCACUUCAUCAUGUUGGGGAACAGGAUCUUCAUACCCCCGAAGGAGUUGAAGCACGUGGUGAAGACUAAGUUGUGGCAGGCCUGCUCCCGCCCGAUACCUAGCUUCUCCGCGUGCUCGAGAACGGCCUUUCCAGUAGUCCUUCUUCAUGAGGAAAGGCGGGAGGGGGAACGUGUAGAGGAGGCCGUCCUCGAUCAGACGAGAGGCCCAAAAUCAGAAGGGGGUAGAGGUCGAACAGUACCCACUUGCUCACCAGCUUCGGCCCGUCCGACCCAAGCAUGCCCACGCGCGGGUCCGCAUCGUAGAACGCACGCUCUCGAAGAGCUCCGAGUAGCAGAAGCUGAACUCCGGCAUCACGUGCUCCCGGCGGUGAGGAGGAAGAAGACGAGCUUCUUCAGCUUUGCGUGGUUGGGCUCGGUGGGGUCGAACGGUGCGAUAGCCGGCGGUGAGCUCCGGCGAGGGCAUGUAGGUGCCGGUGAAGAGAUCCCUCUUCUCGACCUUGUCGGUGUCGAAGAGGGUCGAGAAGCUCUUGCAGUCGAGCAAAACGACGACGUUGGGGUUGAAAGAGAUGAGGGGGCCCAACGGCAUGUUUGUUCAGAAGACUGUGGAGUUGUAUUUUUUGAUUCGGGAUUUGAAGAAUUCUUCCCGGCCUUGGUUGUAGAAGAAAUCUUGUCGGUCCUUCCCGGGACCGAUGAUGGGGAGGCCACAGUCUCUGGGGAUUUUGCGGAGGGGGAGCUUGGAGGAAUUCGGCGGCGGCGG